UGCUUGAGAUGUCAACGCAUAACAAACAUCACCUCGGUGCAUCAACGCGGAUGCAUUUUUCUCGUGAAAGCAAACAAUAAUCUCCUUCUGGCACAUUGCCAUAAACAAUCCUGCAAAUUAAAUUAGGCAGCUCCACCCUCUAAGACAGAACGAGAAGAAAUCGUGUUCUUCAAGCUAAAAGCGCCAUGUCGUACCUGUCGAACUUCACCGCCGAGACGGGCAAGUCCAUCCUGGUCGAUGUGCUGAAAACCGUGAACCAGCCGGAACACGCCAAGAAGCUGUCCGAGGCGAAGGCCAACUCGGGCAAGGAGAUGAUCAAGAUGAUGCAGUACGUGUUUCCGCUGGUGAUGCAGCUGCAGAUUGCGGUCAUCAAGGAGUACGGAUUUCCGGCGAACCGCGAGGGCCUGGUUCAGUUUGAGCAGAUUAUCCGAGAGUUUGAGCGCGAGGACGUGGAUAUUGCACGGUUGCGGUCGCAAAUACGGUCCAUCUAUCUGCCACCGAUAAACAUCAACAGCACGAACGAUGUGCUGAUUUAGACGCAUUUAGUCCGGAGAAGAGGACCCACUCUUAGGGGAACGAUAUUUGCCAAGGAUUUUAUGUUCGACGGAACGCAUCGAACGAUAUUGCAGUAGAGCUCGUUUAGUACUGGUACAAACGCUUGAGUGUUUUUGCGUAGUUUUCGUAACAUUUUUGUAUCACAAAAUAGAUUUUAAGCAAGACUGAAACUGAUACUAACCAAAACUACGAACUCGUGAGUGUUGUAUUCUAAGAAAUAAUUAGUUACAGACAGGUACUAACACAUGAAAACUGCCAGUGUUACAACAAUAGCGCGUUUUUCGUUUUGAAACACGGACUUGAUUUUUUAUAUGAAUUUCUUCUGGAUAUAAUAACAUUAUAAGAAAAGCGUGUUGUAAUAAAUCGUACGAAAAAUGCA